AACUGUAAAAUUGUAAAAAUUGCCCUUUUCAGUCUGGGAUCUUGUUUGAGAUUCCCUAGGGUAACUGGGGGCUCUGAGCCCCACUUUAAGACUGUGCAUUUUUAAUCGUCUGUUAUGCGUUGUCUCAAGUGGUAGGGGGGGGAAUGUUCCCGGUCCUUAAUUGUAAAUCGGCUGGUUGUUUUUUGGGGGGAUCUGGGCUAGCCUUGCUCUCAGGCUCUCAGUGCUUCCUGAGCAUAAAAGCUUUAGGACUGCCAGGGGAAACAGUGCACUUAUAAUGUGCAUAUUGUGCAGUGCAUUUGUUUAUAAUGCAUUUAUCCAGCUGAAGGGUCAGUGUUUUUAUUCCACCCUCCAUUGUAGGGUAACAGCCUCCCACAGAAAUGCAUUACAGAAUUCUGAAAUAAAAUAAUUAUAUAUACAGUUCAGGGGCUACCACAGCUACUGCUCCCCAUAAAUGUUAAACAACUCUUGAUUUGAGAUGGGACUACUUUAAACCUGUAGCCCUACACAUUUGAUUUGGAGGAAGUUCCAUUUAGAACAAUUGGACCUAAUUGUGAGUAGGAAUAUAUAGGACUGCAGUUUAAGAGAGAGAGAAACAAGACACUGUUAUGAACCCACUUUUGAGGAUUAUGAUAAAAAAGCCAGUUGUAAACAUUUAAAAGAACAAAAGAACAAAUAAAAGCACCCCUCCUGCUGCAAAAUCUCUGUCUGAAAACUAGGCUGGAGAGGAAAGAUUAGAAGAGAGGCUGGGGUGAAAAAGUCAGAGAGCAAGACAUGGGUUAGAUCAAACAUAAUCAGAUGAAAAUCCUCAUCAUUAACAGGCUUAGCCUAUGAUCAACUCCAAUUAUGGCAAACUACAGUGAGAGGUGGGGAGGGACUUGGGUGGCCCAGCGCCAGGAGUUUAAUAGAAGGAAACUGUCCAAGCACACCGGCUGUGCCACAUGCAAGAGUACACAACCCAGUCAGAUGGACAGGGUAUAAAUAUUAUUGGUAUUAGUAUUAUUAGUAUUAUUGAAAAUAGAGGGUCUUGCACCUGUGGCUUGUGGGGCUUCUUCGAAAUAAAAAGUUAUACCUAGCAGCUCCAGAUCAUUACAAGGCCUUCUUUGUCCAGUCUCUCUUCUGUCUUGUUUUCUCCUCAUUCUCUGAGUAGCCAUUGUCACCCUACUGAAGACUGUAUAACAGUGUGGUCCAAACCACAGCCUGCAGGCUACAUCCGUCCGCGAAGCCUUUUUGGUCAGCCUUCAGCAACAUUCAAGAAAAAAACACCUUAAGGCCUUACAAAAUAUUGUUGUCAUGUGUUGUUAACAAAAGAACAUAAUCUUUCUCUGCAUCAAAUUUGUUUAAUAAUUAAAUCUAUUAAUUGUGUGUUUAAUUACAAACACUUUAAUUUACAGGAUGGAAAUUUAAUUUACUGGUUGUCUUGUGGCCCACUUUGUAUGGAAAGUUGGACCGCUGUGCUGUAUAAUGUGGUCUCCCAAGGUCUCUCUCUUCUCUCCUCAAACCCUUAUAAGGAGGAGAACCCUUGGAUUGUUCUUGAAAAUGUGAAGGUGGUAUGUCAAGUUCUCAGUUGGUGGGGAGGACACAUAAGGCAGCGGCAGGACAUAUGCUUGGCAUGCAGAAGGUGCCAAGUUCAAUCCUCUCCCCAGUAAUCUUCAGUUAGGCUCAGGCCUCAUUCCAGAUUGGGGGGGGGGGAGUGUUCUUGCGCCAAGUGCCCUCAGUGAGCCUUUUCCAGCACUGACCACCUUUUUGCUUCCCACCACCAGGCAAGCACAUUUGUGAGACGGGCACAUGUGCAUAUUAACUGCAUCCAUACCAUGGAAAGUGUGCCUAGUUUGGCCUCCGAGGUGCUGGUUUGGGGACCCCAAAAGUGAGUUCAGUGUAGGGGAAGUGGAGCCUGAAAGUAAAAGGCACAUUGCUGAACUUAAUGAGCAAGGGCUGAGAUUUCCCCCAAGAGCUGUGCACUGCAAUGUUUCAUUUUCAAAUAAAAACGGAAUGCUUCCCAAACAGAGCACACUAAGUAUGCUCUGCAGCUCUGAGAUGUAACCAGGGAGGCAGGUCCAUCCCUGACAUCAUUUGUUUGGGGGCUGAGCUGCUGAGAAGCCAAGGCUGGCAGGGUGGAGAGCCCGUAAGUCAUUAGCAGGAGUGCCUGGUGGUGUGCGUGUGCGUCUCUUUGAAGCCAGCUUGCUCCACGGAAGGAAGGGCAGGCAGCCCUGGGUGAAUUGCAUAGGAGUCAAAAGGCUUCCCUGGAUAUGUUGGCCACAACUGCAGCUGUUCUUCUCUCUCUCUUCCUAGAGGCUCACCUUUCUGCACAAGCACCUGUCAACGGGUCCAAUUGGUCUUAUAUGGGUUCUUCUGAUGGGGAGCGAGUGUGGCCCAAGAUGUUCCCCUUUUGUGGAGGAGUAUUCCAGUCUCCAAUUGAUUUUCACAAUGACGUUCUCCAGUAUGAUUCAACUCUUCUGCCCAUAGAACUGGAAGGCUACAAUGUCUCCCCCACUGAGGAGUUUAUUUUGACCAAUAAUGGACAUUCAGUAAGAAUGAGUCUUUCUCAAAGCAUGCGCAUCCGGAGCCUCCCUUCCCACUAUUCUGCCGCUCAGCUCCAUUUACACUGGGGAAACCGGAACAAGCAGGAAGGCUCUGAACACACAAUUGGUGGGAGGCAUUUUGCUGCUGAACUCCACAUUGUACAUUACAACUCUGACAAAUAUCUGGACGUGAACUCAGCAAUGGACAAAUCAGAUGGACUGGCAGUUUUGGCAAUCCUGAUUGAGACAGGCGCAUUCAAUCCAUCCUUUGAAAAGAUCUUCAGUCAUUUUCAGAAUGUGAAAUACAAAGAUCAGGAAGCCUUCAUCCCAGGUUUCAAUGUCCAAGAUUUGCUCCCAGACAGACUGGAUGAAUAUUACCGCUAUGAAGGAUCCCUGACCACACCUCCUUGCUACCCAAGUGUUCUUUGGACGGUUUUUCGAAAGCCAGUACAAAUUUCAGAGGAACAGCUGCUGGCCCUGGAAAGCACUCUGUACUGCACACAGCCUAGUGACCCAGCCCCUCUUGAAAUGGUGAACAACUAUAGGAGAGUCCAGGAGUUUGAUGAAAGGCUGGUUUCCGUGUCCUUCCGGCAAGCCUAACAGAUGGAAGAUAACGGAAACUCUGAGUCUCUGGAUCCAGACUCCAUCUGGACAGGUAGAAAUGAAAGUCCAGCAAGCAGUAUGUCUAAAUCCACUGCGCAGAAACAAAAGAGGUCAACACACUAUAUGCUUGCAGUGGUUUGGCUGGCAGUAUUUGAACACACUGCUUAGACUUUCAUUUCUCUAGUACUGGUGGUUGCUGCAUGAGUAUUUGUGUUUGUUGUACUGAUGUGACAUUGUGAAGGUUGCAUUUGUCAGCACUGUCUCACUACUGCCUGGGCUCUGCAUGCAGUUAGUUAUUUGCCUGUUCCAAUAUAACUCCUUUCUGUUGAUGACAGGAAAUGAUUUGGCAUAUUUAUAUUUUUCAGCAUUUGGAUUCAUAGCAGGUGACCCUGGGGGUACCGAUUUCCAUUCAAAUCUGUGCUCAUAUCAUGCUUCAACACAAAAAUAUCUUUCUUCCAAUCAGUCCUCUUGAUAGUUAUUGCCUGUACGAGAGCACUCAGGAUUGAUCACAUAUGGAGUACCUGCAAAGUAUUAUUAAGUCUUGACAAACAAUUUCAUACAUGUUCAUCAACUGGCUUAAAGUUUCAAUUUCCUCUGUACAAUUUAGAAAUUGGAAUAUCCUGUUGUCCAGACAUGAGUAACGUCUGCCAUUCCUAAUUCCUGAUCCUCAAUAUAAAAGUGACUUAUUGGGUCACAUGCAUGACUUGCACACUGAAGUAUACAAACCUGUUGAGAAGUGUGCAUUGCAUAUUUGCAGGAAAAUCACUUGCUGAUGUCACCCUGUGCUUAGAUUGCAAAGUGAAAUAUGCAAGUGAGGCUGCGUACACACAAUAUAUUUAAAGCACAUUCCCCACUUCUAGGACCUGUAGAUUGCUAAGUGUGCUGGGAAUUGUAGCUCUGGGAGAUGUUAGCUACAGUUCCCAAGAUUUUUUUGGGGGGGGGGGUGGAGAGAUGUGCUUAAAAUGUAUAGUGUCUAUGAAGCAUCAGUUAGGAGUUAGGGAGAAGCACAAGUAGAA